UUCACCUUCCUGGCUAUGGCUUUCAGGUCUGUCCAGGACUACUUACUCCAGUAUAAAACUGAGAGCAGAAAUAUGAUCACAUACUAAGAAGUCUAAUCAAUUCUGGUUUCAACACUGAGCCUAUUUAAAAAAGAUAAUGGAAUUGCUGUUCCUUGUUCUAUUCUCUGUGCACAUUCUCAAGACAGAGGCAGUAGUUGGACACCACUGGUGCUAUCAGUCGCAGAAGGAUGAACAGCCCACCUGUAAAGAUCCUCGACAAUGGCAUGUAGUAGAUGGCACCUGCAAAGGAAACUAUCAGUCUCCUAUCAAUAUUGUCACCAAAGAUGUCAUUUAUGACAAGAGCCUGAAGCCACUGAAUUUUGAAGGUUAUGAUGUGAAGGGGUCUUCCAAAUGGAACAUAGAGAACAAUGGACAUACAGUUAAAAUAACAUUGGGCACAUCCCCUAAAAUUGGAGGUGGAGGUCUGAGAAGAAAAUACAAAGCAAUAGAAUUUCACUUCCACUGGGGAGUCCAAGACAUGCCGCAUUACCUUCCUGGGUCAGAGCACAGCAUAGAUGGAGAAAAACAAGCUAUGGAGCUUCACAUUGUCCACAUAAGAGAAGAUGCUUUGGAUAUAGCAGAUGCAAAGAAAAUUUCAGACGGGAUAGCCGUGUUAGCAUUCUUUAUAAAGGUUGACGAAGAAAAUAAAAACUACGCAACUCUAAUAAGCGAAUUAGAUAACAUUCAGUACAAAGGGAAAAUAUCACAGAUGGACCCUUUGCCACUGAGUUCCCUUAUUCCACCUGAAGAUGAUCUUAGGAGGUACUAUCGGUAUGAGGGCUCCCUCACCACUCCCGACUGCCAUGAGGGUGUCAUCUGGACAGUGUUUGAGAAGCCGGUUGAGCUCAGUAUUUUCCAGGUUUCUCAGUUCUCAACAGUUCACUUUGAUGGGAAGAACUCAACAUACAUGGUUGAAAAUUUUCGGCCCGCUCAGUUUCUUAAUGAACGAUAUGUGUAUUGGUCCAGUGCCAGCACCCUCCUGCCUCCUGCUAAGGUUUUAAUGUUGGUCCUGAUCCUUACGUACAUCCUGAGCUCUCUUUUCCAGUGAACACUUCUCACUUUUUUUUUUUUUUUUUGGCCAGUUGUUUUUUCUAUCAAGUCUUCUCUCUAACUGCCAACUCCUGAAUUAUAUCUGAAUACAGAAUGUUACCUUUUUUUCCUCCAUACACUAACCAACAACUCCUGUUGCUGCUAUUACAUAAAAAUUAAAUCCUUUGCACUUAAUUACAAGAUUUCUAAGGAACUGUAAGAUAAAACUCUGAAGAUUCUAAUUUAAAAAACACUUAAAGAAAACAUUAGGAUGGAUUAUCUUCUGUAUAUCCUGUAACACAACACUGGAAGGACACUUUACAAGCUCUAUGGAGGACUUUCUGGAGCAAUCUGUUCUUAAGUGCCUGUGAAGGUUUUUGUCUGGAGUACGUUUACUUUCAACACUGCAAGUCAGGAAGACAAACAUCUCGGGUAAUUCUUAUCAUGCCUACAUUGUCCUAUAUGAAGGUACAAUACAGAGCAUAAAAAUGCUCACACAAUUGAGCAACAUUUGGGUCAUUCUAUCUAGAGAUGUGACAAAUUUCAUCUGUACUACCACAUUUUUUCCACCUUCUUCUUUCAGAAUAUCUAAAGUGAAUUCUUAGGUAAGGAUGCUGGAUUCCUUGCAUCUAACCUACUGAUUCUGGAUUUCAAUUUCUCUACUCAGCGUAUUUAUUCAGACUAGUACAGCAUCCUAUUUCAGGAUGCCCAUGGCAGAUAUGAUGUGCCAGAAGCAAAAAGGGGAGCUCAUCCGCCUAUACCAAUUGCACAUCUGUGCAAAUUCUCUCUUAGAAAGCCAUGGUUGAAGCGUGAGACUUUGAUGCUCCUUUAUAUUUUUCAUUUGCAUAAAAAAAUGGGACAGCUCAAAUAAACUCUCUUUCCAAUAUCACAUUUUAGAAGCUUUACAAUUUCAGUUUGAACAUUUCAGUGUGAAUAUUUCCACAUGUUUUUUUUUUUUAGAAUAACAAGCCUGUAAAAUAUUUACAUAUGGUUAACAGUCAUAGUUUUUGCAAGAUUUUGAUUUGAAUUGAUUUCUUCAGAUCUCACCCAGUUACUUACAGAGAAGCUCAAUAUAUUGGGAAAUGGGAUUCCCUUGUACUAUUCUGAAAACAAACGUAACUGACUGUUUUCUUAGCUAAUGCCAUACAACACGUUGCAGCUACUUUGAGAAUUUUAGGUUUUGGCCAUGCCAAAAUAGAAUGUUACGCUAGUGGACUUUACUACUUUCUUUAGAGCAAUGUUUGCAGGGAUGACUCUACGCUAUGGCUAUGUAGUCAUUUUCAGGAAAAUCAUGACAGUGUGACUAAGCACAGAGCACCAAAGGAGAAAAAAUAUUUUCGUAUUUAACAAUCAAUAAUAUAAGCUUAAACAAUGUAAAAGCAAACGCACCUUGUUACAUUUAGAGGAAUGGUUAGGACUAAUUGUAUUUUUAGAUAACUGAAAACUUUUGAGAAGCAGACAUAAAAGAAAGAUUAAAACUGAACAGACCUACUG